CAGACCGGAAGUGUUCCUGUGCUGCUGUUGACGGAACACGGAGACGGAGGCUGGAGACUCGCAGAGGAGGAGCUGAACCCCGGAUCGUCCGCAGUCAAACAGUCAGGAUAUGUCUGUCAGGAUGGAGAUGGAUAUCAGUGGAGUGUCCCGGACACACGUCUCCAUCCUCCCUGCAGCUGAGAUCAAGGCCACACUGAAACCAGAAGCAGAGAGACCUCGCUGUGCCAGCACCCCGUGUUCCCCCAUCAGAGGGACUGUUGCAGGAUACCAGAUCCUGCACAUGGACUCUAACUAUCUGGUGGGCUUCACCACCGGUGAGGAGCUGCUCAAACUGGCCCACAAGUGGUCAGAAGGUGCCCCAGAAAAGAGCUCUGUAUCAGAGUCCGUGUCCAGCCCUAUCCAGAGUCCUGUCCCCAAGUCUGUGGACUUGGGCAUCCACCGGUCUUCACGAAUCUUCAAAGGCAAAAAUCGCUACUACCAACCCUACGACAUCCCUGCUGCCAACGGGCGGAGGCGGAGGCGUAUGCCCAGCUCCAGCGACACCUUCCUCAGGUCCCUGGCCCAUGGAGAGCCUGGGCCCGGGAGGGGUCUGCAUGCUCCACUACCCCUAUGUCUGCUUAAAGGAAAGGGGGCCCAGUCCAAGUCUCUGGACUACCUUAACCUGGACAAAAUAAGCAUCAAAGAGUCAUCGGACACUGAGGUGUUACAGUACCAGCUGCAGCACCUCACCCUGCGGGGGGAGCGCGUGUUUACCAGGAACAAGACAUGAGCACAGUGGAAGGCCUGUCUAGGCGUCGGUCACCCUCUGGGGUUUAGCUGGUAACGGACGUGUUUCCAAUGCCUCUCCUGCAGAAACAGAGUUUUCUGCACCUGAUUGCACUGUUGGACGUCUACUACAGACUCUCUCUGGAAACAGCAGUGCACCUUGACAUUUUCACCACCACGGCACCAGUUAGGUGUUCACAGUAAACGCUGCAAUAUUGUAUAUAAGCAAGCCAUGUGAACACUUACAGUUCUGCAGAAACAUCCGUACACCCCCUGAGUUUUCGCACAGUUUGUUUUGUUGCUUUGAGAGGAAAUUGUGAUUUCUUUAUCUCAGAACUUCAGUGUUUUGACACUAAAACAUUAGACAUUUCCAUUAACUUUAUUAACAUGUAACAUCUGGACCUCUGUGUAAAAUUUUAUGUGAUGAUGGCAUCUUUCAAAUUGUUUUGUUGUAGAAAAAGAGUCAAACUGGUGCGGUGUGUGUUACUUUGAGGCAAUUCAAUCUCAGAUCCUGCAAGUCACCAGUCAGAUAAAUUCAAAUCCUGCUCUUAGAGGCUUUAAAUAUUUAGUAUAAAUAUGUUUGUAGAUGUUUUUGAAAAUGGUCCAGAAUACAGUGGCCACAUGUUCUUCAUCUUUGAAUCAAUGUGAAGAGCGUGGAUGUGGGAUUUAGUUGUUCCGAAUACUUGAAUAACAUGAGACGUCCACAUGAGGUGAAUGUUCUGAUGAUCAAAAUAAGGAUUUUGUCCACAGUGUUAGAUCAGCAGGUGGAGCAUGAUGGACACUGCAUCUCCAUCCACCUGUUUUUAUGCUCAUUUUAAAUUUGCUCGCAGAAAAGUUUGAAUCCUGGAAAUUAGAAGAAAAAAAUAUAUAUAUAUCACAAAGGAACUUUUUCCACUCAGCUCAGGUGGAAGUUUCUGUAUUGAUAAAAGCAAAAUGCAAUAAAUCAGUGAUGAUGUGCAUAGAGCAUGUGGCUUAAUGGCUAUUUGCCAAGUUUUGCUAUUGCUACAUGGCUAACUUUAGCAUUAACAGCUGUUUACUUACCAGUCUUGCCAAGAGCUUCAGCCAAUGUGGCUUUUACAAUACAAGAAGUCAUAAUACUGGACGCAGUGAAUCAGUAUCAGAAAGUGAUGAGACGGUCUGACUGGGCUUGAGCUAGCUGGUUAGCAUGCUAACUUCUGUAGAAGA